ACCACUUCCAACUGUAGUCUGAUGGGUCAGAAUGGGAGAGAUGUAAAAUCACAUCUAAUUGGGGAAGGUGCAACAUGACAUGCAAAACAUAAGCAGAAUAAACUUAAAAUUACUUAAACAUAACUCUGAACAACUUGCACAUAGUGAGGAAACCCAAGUGUAUAGGACUUCCCAUUGGACUUCUGUUUAAUUUUGCUACAACUAACACUGCUACUGCUCUAGACAAACUAAGGUCUUACAGAGGCACAGUUUUGCUUCCCUUGCCUGUCAGAGUAUCCAGUUGUCUUCUUUGAAUUCAUCACCUCUUGCCUUUUCUUGCUCUCUUCGACACCUGGGAUGCAAAUUGGUUUGUACCAGUUCUGAACAAAAUGAAAUGCCCUUGCACGUUGCUAGCUUCAACCCAGAGAGCAGUGAUGAUCCUCAAAAACCCCUGGAGACUGUCACCUCUUCUCCUGCAGAGCAACAGAGACCAGCUAAUCUCAGCUACUUGAAGUUGGGAAAAGUGCUUGAUUCAUUCUUGGACAUGGGUUUCAGUCAUGCUGAAAUAAAGGCAUUGUUCAGCGUGCAGCCCAAGCUACUUUCUCAUGCUAGGUUGGCUUUAGUUUCAGAACUCCUACUCUUGGGUUUAAGCACUGAUGCCAUACUGAAGGCCCUACAAAAGAGUCCUGAAUUGCUGAGAAUGUCACCAAACCACCUAAAGGACCGUGCAGAUCUUCUGAGGAAGCUCAGCUUUAAGGAAGGUAGUCUGAAUCACAUGGCAAUUCACUGUCCAAGUAUCUUCACCUUGCCCCAAAGCAGAAUUGAGGCCGUAAAGAACCUUCUCACAGAAAAAUGCCUCUUCUCGACUCAGCAACUAUCUAAAAUUCUACGAACGUGCCCAAAUGUCCUGCUGGAAGACCUGGAUCAUCUGGAGUACAAAUUCCAAUUUGUCUAUUUCAGGAUGGGAAUUAAACACAGAGAAAUAGUGAACUCUGCAUUCUUUCAAAAAUCACUGGCUGAGAUCAAGAAUCGGCACAUCUUCUUAGAGCGUUUGGGACUCUAUCAAACACCUGAUAAGAAAGGACAGACCCAGAUUGUGAACCCCAAACUGAAAAGUCUAAUCAGAGCAUCUGAAACAGACUUUGUAACCAAAAUAGCCUGCUCUUCUGUUGAGGAGUAUGAGAUUUUUAAGAAAUUGCUGGCCCGUGAAGAAGAACCAGAAUGGAAUAAGGAUGGGACAUUGAAAGUUGAACUUUCAGAUGUGGAGAGUGAUGAAGAGUCAGAUACAGAAUGAAAUGAAAUUGUUUUGGAUGCAAUUUAUUGUUUGGAUGCAAUUUAUUAUUUGGAUGCAAUUUACUGGGAGGUCAGUGUUAGUUUCACUAGGAAUUUGAAUUUAAUACUUAGCUCUGGUCGACUUGUGGCUGUAUAAAAAUAAUGAAACAGAGCUUUAUGCCUUUUGAGUGCUUUGCCUAAUUCUUUUCCCGUUGUUUAAAUCUACACAUUUACACACCUAGGCCAUCACAGGGUGAAUUGGGAAUAGGACCCCUCAUUUGCUUUUUGAAUACUAGAAUAAAAAUCUACUUUACAAAACCCUUCUAUAAUUUAUAAGGGGGAAAAGCUUUGAAAAGGAGUUUGGAUUUGUACCCUAUUUUUCUCACUUGUAAGGAGACUCAGGGUGGCUUACAAACUCCUUCCCCUUCCUGUCCCCACAACAGACAUCUUGUGAGGUAGGUGGGGCUGAGAGAGCUUGGAGAGAAUUAACUAGCCUAUGGGCACCCAGGAGGCUCCAUGGGCAGGAGUGGGAAAACAAAUUUGAUUCACCAGAGAGUAUAGAGUCUGCUGCCCAUGUGGAGGAAUAGGGAAUUAAAUCCAGUUCUCCAGAUUAGAGUCCACUGCUCUUAACCACUACACCAUUCUGGCUAAGCUCCUUUUCUACCCCACCCUCCCUUCCCAAGGAUUUCUGUCUUGAAAAAAUAAUUCCAACAAUAUUGCAACAUAGUAGUUUCAGACCAUUGUAAAAAUGGUAGUCGCUAUAUAAUGGAAAGCUGCUCCUUCAGUUUUGGAUUACCCCAUGGGCUGUUGUUUCCCUCUCUCUGCCCUACAUAAACUGGGUAGUGCCACUCAUUUGUUUUUUUUCCAAAUGCUGCCCCUUGUUUCUCCAUUGCCAGCAUCAUGAUGGCCCCUUCCGCACAUGCAAAAUAAUGCGUUUUCAGACCACUUUCACAACUGUUUGCAAGUGGAUUUUGCCAUUCCUCACAGCUUCAAAGAGCACCGAAAGCAGUUUGAAAGUGCAUUAUUCUGCAUGUGCGGAAUGAGCCGAUGUCUUUUGCCUUGAGGGGCAGGGCUGGUGUGUCAUUUAUUGAGCAGACAAGUGCGAGGUCUGAGUUGGGUUGCCAAGGAAAGGGAGAUUUUUAGUGUGUGUUUGGAAACAGAUGUUAAAGGUUUUUGUGAGGCACAGAAUAGAUAGGGAUUUUAUAGCUAACCCCUGAAAUUUUUCCUUCUGUUUAGAGAAACCAGACAGCAUUUUAGAUUGAAAUACAAUUUAUUUAAACCAAAAACAACUUUGACAGAAUAAAAUUUUUAAAAAGUUUAUUGCUGCAUUACAUAUGCUUCAAUCUGGCUAUAGAAUACUGGCUUGAUACAGAUUCUGUAUCUUAGACUGUGGCGACUGAAGAACCAAUGUCACUGUGUGACAAAUAAACUUUGUUAAAACUUCUCACUGCCUCAGUUGCAGCUGCUUUCAAAAAGCUCACUGUGCGUAGAAAAACAUUUUUACUGUGAUGUUACCACUAUGCUUUCACCCUCUUUGUAGUGUGGAAAUUGCAUGUGUAACAGUUGGUUUUAACUACCGGUAGAUGCCAAAACCAAUAAAACUGGAACAGUUGAAUUUAA